GGCCAACGAAGCUUAAAAAAGGUGAACGUGUACAAGCGCCUGCCAUACCUUUACCUGGGUAUGUUUUUCAUCGGGGGGCUACUGGAGGUGGUUUUCUGUUCCACCAACUUUUAUCAAAUAUAUAACAUCGGCGAGAGCGAAAAAAAAUCAGACGAGGACGUAUCGGAACUCAUGAAGAGAUACGAGCUCAGACAGAAGAUUAAAGAAAAGGCCACUCAAAUUUCAGAAGAAUAA